AUGGCCGAAACACAGAUACAGAUUCUUUCGGAUCUUCAUCUGGAAUCUCCCAGUGCAUAUGAUCUUUUCCAUAUCGAACCAAAGGCACCAUACUUGGCAUUAGUUGGCGACAUCGGCUACGUCAAGGACGACGGCUUUUUCGACUUCCUUCACCGACAACUCGAGAUUUUCCGCACUGUGUUCCUGGUCCUAGGGAACCAUGAACCAUACCACAGCAGCUGGAACGAGACAAAGUCCCGGAUAAAACGCUUCGAAGUGGGCAUCGCAACGUCCAAGCCAAGCGAGACGCGCGGUCAAUUUGUUUUCCUUGAUAAAACACGCUAUGACAUUUCACCAACUCUCAGCGUGCUCGGGUGUACUUUGUUCUCGCAAGUGGUCGAUGAACAGGUAGACCAUGUCAGACUCGGCCUGAAUGACUUCUAUCAUAUUGAUGAUUGGUCAGUUGAAGCACAUCGAGAAGCGCACCGUGCUGACCUUGACUGGCUAAACUCCGAAAUCGAUUCUAUCUCGCGCCUGGAACCCGGUCGCAAAGUUGUCGUAUUGACCCAUUACUGCCCAUUGACCAGCAACAACGUUGUGGAUCCUCGGCACCGAUACAGCAAGAUCUCAUCGGGCUUCAUGACCGAUUUGUCAAGUGAACGUUGUUGGAAGGGCAGCGUUGUCAAGCUUUGGGCCUUUGGUCACACUCAUUUCAACUGUGACUUCCGGGAUUUCAAUCACGAAAAACGAGUGAUUUCGAACCAAAGGGGAUACUAUUUUUCCCAGGCUGCAAGUUUUGACGCCGCCAAAAUAAUUGAAAUCUAG